AUUGUACUACACGAAAUGGACUCAUUCCCACGGGAAGGAUUUAAGCAAAACCUAAAUCGCUAAUACUCUCGCAAUAGCUUGUAAGUUUUUUAUACAUCAGUACCUAACGUUUGUAUUUUGUAACAUAAAAUUCGAAUAUAUUUUCACUCUAGAAUAUUAUAUCUGUAUACCUAAAACACCCAAACAACACAUAAAACAACAAAUGAUAUCCACUUUUAAAGGACGAAACCCAUCUAAGACGGCAUUACUCCCCCCCCUCAGCAAACUUACUAUAGAUUACCGAAAUAAAAGUUUAUCGAAAACCGAUAUACGAAGUGGGAAUCUUGUGAGAGGCAGAAUCAAAAUAUUCUGUUCGGCAAAAAAUACGAUAUUGUUUAUUAGGUGUUGCGGCCUGGGCUCAGAAAAAUACCGAUAUAACUUAUAUCUAAUUCAACCUAUUUCCAUUCCCAACCCCUCCAUCGUUAUCCACCACACUAAAAGGACUCAAAAGCUUAAAGCAGAUUAAAAUGUUUGAACAACAGCCCAUCACUGUUAUUGCAAGCGAACGGACCUUUUGACGAAAUUAAAAAGCGGGCGACAACGAUUAAUGGCCGCGUCACGUUCAAACAAAGUUGCGUUGCGUCGUCGGCCUUCUAGGACGUCGUUCCACGUACCUACUUACUCAAACUAUGCGGAAUGUCGGAUCAAAGACAUAGCGGUUCUCCAAGCUUGUCACGUAUAACGCUAUAAGGCUUUCUUCAUUUACUUAGAAGGCGGUAACAACGCUCGUAUGAAGCUUCUGGCACGCCACUCGGCAUCUCAAAGCGUCAUUGUGGCUUAAUAUUUCAUAAGUGAGGAAUUCAUAACCCUUAGACAUGAUUUGUGCGAAAUGAACGCGGCACAGAGUUAUUUGUUGCUCGUCAGUAGUGCGGUCACAGUGUGGUAGCGAGUGUCCUUAUUGCCAAGUCUCAUUUGAGCGAAGCGGUGGUGGGAUCCGGCGGUUAUUUCCUUCCAUUUGAUCCCGUUUCCUUCCCCGCCGGUCCCGCCUUCCACCUCUGUGUCUCACUCACGUGGAAUCUGCUACGAACCGCUGAGCUGCCUCGCGUAAACUUGUGGACUUUUGUUUGAAAACUUGUUAGUUAUAGGUACUUACUUUUUUUAGUGCUGAUUGCACGGGUUCUAAUCCAUUACAAGUUUUAGUACCGAGUCCACUUGUUUUGAGGUAAUCCCUUCCCUUUCCCAUCACUAGUGUGAACAUAAAACUAUGUUAUGCUCAAACUAGUGCGAUUGGUAAACAGUGACUAACAGUUUUUUCUAUUACAGUUUAUUAGUUAUUAGUGUAACCAAAGGUAUAUUUUUGAUGAUUCAUUCUCAAGUUAAUUCCGUCGAGUACAAAGUAUACUUAUAAAGUGUAAAUAGUGAAACAGUGAACUAAAAAAACAGUGAAAAUGUUAUAAAACUGCAACGCGUGACAUAAGAUGAACGCUAAAAACUCGUUGAAAAGUGGACUUUUUCAUGUGGAAAGUGUAAAUAGUAAAACGAUAUGGGAUGACUCAUAGUGAACAAUGUUCGGUGCAAUCCAUUUCCCUUCCCGGAGAUGAUGCGCGAUAUUCACGACGAUGGUGGAGCCGGCGCCGUCGGCGCGACGGAGGCAAGCGGGGGCGGCGGGAGUGGGGCUGCCGAGGCCGAUAUGGACGACUGCGGCUCGCUGGCCCUGCCCCCCGACCUGCCCCCCUACUCCGGGGACUACAUCAUCAGCGACUACAUGGAACGGCUCGGCUCCAGACUCAACAUCCUCGAGACCGAGCUCAAGUUCGCGUGGCGCGCGCUCGACCUGCUCAGCCAGGAGUACGUCCGCAUGUGGGAACGGCUGGAGCGGCUCGAGGCCUUGCUCGCGGAUCAACAGGGUGUCAUCUCCACGUUACUCGAUUUCUACACGUGUCGGACCGUAGCAUCCAGGGGAGACCCGAUGACGCGACUCGAAGUGAUCAGAGAGAUACUCGGCAACGGGACGGUCGAGGAUGGCAUAGAAGAAGGCCUGGAUAUAGGGCGGAGUGUUGCCCUACUGGAUGCGCAGGAUGAAGUUAUGGAAUCGAAUGAGGAGUUUUACAAAAGCUUGAAUCAAGCUUAUCGAGAUGACUUAGUGUGUGAAGAAACUUCGAGACCUGGCUCUCAGCUGGAUAUGAUUUGGGAAGCUCCUGAGGAAACAGAAAUGAUAGAGAAUGGCUCGAGACAGGUGUAUAGUUCUUCAGAUUAUAAAGACUAUCGUGGGCUACAGGGCGGGCCUGGUAUAAGUGACAGGGACUUGGCGCAUAUAUCUACAUUAAGUACAAUAGAUCAAAUGACAGUAGACAAAUUACACGAAUUAGAUAGGCUAACAACGCAAUUACACAAAGAUUCGAGAGAGUUAAAAGACUUGAAAUCUAGAAUACUAAGCCCUGAAAAUAAACUGUCAUCUAAACACGAUAGAGAAAUCGAAGCGAAGGCUCUGGUAGAAGAUGGAAAUAUUAUAAACGAACAACUUAAGAACGUAUAUUCAGGAAGUGACAACUGGGCUAUAAAUGAUAUGAUUCAAAGUUUUGACGAUUUCAUGUUAACGAUGCCAAAAGAAUCUGCAAUGACAGAUAAGUCCCCCUCUAGGUUAUCCCUAGCUGAAAGUACACAUACAGAUUACAUGUCAUCGGCUAUAUCUCCUAGACGAAAAUAUGUACCUGAACGAACAACAACUGAACCAUACACUACGGUGACUGGACGGCUAGCGUACAGUUCGGCGGUAGCCAACGCUGAUGCAAAAGCUUCUAAAUCUCCCAGUGCAUUAUCAAGAGAUCGAUUUGAAUACAGCCCCUAUCAAAUGCCUGAAACUUCGAGACAGUCAUACUACUCAUCACACAGUAGUACCCAGGCACUAAGUGAUAUGUACAAAACUGGUUCUGAGCAACAGUCACCGAUAUCAGCACACGAUAUAUACAGUGAACCCAUAGAUGCAAGACGAGGUGUAAGUUACGAAGAAACAAGAAUACGCAAAUCGCCAAGUCCGCCGCCACCUGCACCACCAAAUGGUGCGCAACUAUUUGCUUCCCUAGAAAAUAAUAAUCAAAUGCUGUCAGGUCGUCCAGCUAUGCUUACCGCGGGCACACUUCCUGUUGAUGGCAUGCGUUUAAGUCCAAGGUCACCAAAAUCACCCAAGUCAUCCCCAAAGCAUACAAAAAGAGAUUCAAAUAAUAUUGUAGCAGCAAAAUCUGAUUCAGGGCUGUCAUCAAUGAGUGGUUGGUCAAGUUUGGAAAAAAGUCCAGGUUCCCCUAAAACGGGGAAAGUAAUUCAUGGAACUCACGACUCUCACAAAAUGCGUAUGCCGUCACCUCAACAACACCAAAUACAAAGGAUAUCUUGUGAAAGUGAUUCGAAGCCUUACCUUGAAACUUUAGUUGACUCUUAUGCUCACGAACAAACAAAAAGUGUGAGCAGUGACUAUUUUACAAGGAAACCAGAACAACCAAUUAAAAAAGAAAUAAGUUCACGAGAAAUAAGUAAAGUAAGAGGCAAGAUUGACGAAACGUUCGUAAAUAAUGAAAUACCAUUUUCACACGCACAACAUAUUACACAACAAAGUGUGGGGGAAUUAUAUUAUGGAAAUGAAGCACCUUCAAUAUACUCGGUUGCUGGUAAUAGGCAACCAGUAUUCACAACUGUGUAUAGUACACCGAGAGGUAUGUUAACAGAGGAUAAUAGAAGUUUUUCCGAAUUAUUAGAUAGAAAUGAAAUUACAGAACCUACUGGUCGGCCACCAGUAGAUUCUUAUCCACCAGAGCCAAGCUAUCAUGCGCAGACUGUAGUUAUGCCACCCAAUAAGAGAACUCUUACACGAGCUAAUACAAUGGGGCCUAAUGACCCUCAAUUUUACCAAAAUGGUUAUAAGGGAGCUGCACGGAAUGCUUACCCUCCAGGAAACCUAACUGAUGCUUUAUCUUAUUACCCAACAUCAAACCGUUAUGAUACAUCAAAAAUUGCAUCAUUAGAAGAUCAGUUGUCAUGGCAAGGAGGAGUAAGUAGAUCCCCCACAAGUUCAAUGGAAACUUCAAGUCUAAAAUCACAUUCUCUCAACAUCGCGGAACGCAAACAGUUUCAAAACCAAUUGCAACAAGAGUACUUUAAACAACAACAAUAUGAUCAACGAAAUGGUAAUGUUUUAUAUGAAGGACAAAGUUAUGAAGGUAGUCAAGUUUCUGUUAAUCAGAUUAAUGAAAGAAAAGAUCAGUAUAUGGGCUCAGGAAGCGUUUUAGUAUCCGAGUCAGGCUAUCUGUCUUUUGGGGGUAAUCUGAGAGGAAAACCUCAAGAUAAAAUGGCGAAAAAACCAAAAAGAACAUCUUCGCUUAAAACUGCUAUGUCGUCAAUGACUCACUGGUUACCUGACCUACAUUUACCAAAAAAGCAUCGGUCCCAUUCGUUGCCAUCUGGAGUAGAUAAUGUAGAGCCUCCUCAAAGUGAGAAGUCUCUCAAGGAACGAAUUCUGUCUGCUCAAAGAAGAAAAAAGAAGUACCAUCUCGUUGCCUCUAUGUCUGGAUUACUACAAAAAGCCAGGAGAAAACAACAAGCUAGUCACCAGUCUUUAUCGGAUCCAGAAACUUCUGAAACAGAAUGGUCUGGAGGAAGAUCGAGUGCACAAUCUGAAGAUAGUGACAGCGUUUUUUCAGAUACCGCUCAUGAUACAAGUAUGUUUAGUAAAAUCGCAACCAAGACUAAGCAAAGAAAAAUCAAUAAUCAGGAAAUAGUUGAACAACAACAAAAACUUCAAGAAAGGCAACAGCAUGGCUUAGAUUUCCCAACAGAGGAAGAAGAAGACUCUGAAUGCAUAAUUGAAGAAGAAACGAGUAAGAUUCCAUCAAAUCAUACAAUCCCACGGGAUAAGAGUGACGAUAUUGAUUUUCAUUUUGCACGUGUAAGUCAAAUGAACAAAGAUAGUAUUUCCGAAAUCGAAAAACUGGAUAUUGAUACAGAUAUAUCAAACAUUGAUAUUUAUGAAGAUGAUCAAAAAGAUCCCGAUAAUCAAUCCCCAGCAUCAUUAUUUGCAACAAUAGGUGAUGUAAAGAAAUCCACUGUUACGGAGGAAAGUGCAAGUGAAAACAAUAAGUUCAAUAAUGGUGGUCCUAUGGAAUUUGCUGUAUCACGUGCUAUAGGCAAGUACCGGUUAAGAAAAUCUACUUCAGUAUCAUCCGAUGAACAAGUCUCCGAACCUGGACCUCCUAAAAUCGAAACUGACUCCUUUGAUUCAAAUGGAGAAACGCCUUCUAUUAAAGAGAAAAGAGUACCAAAAGAAUCCACACCAGAAAUAAUUAGUAGUACAGUUCCUGGAGAAGUACCAGUUUUUCCUGAACGCAGUCCUUCAAUACAAAGUACUCGUGGUGUUCAUACAAAGUUUCAGCCUCGACACCAACAAAGUUUAGAGAUCCCAAAUAAACACGAUGACGAUGAUAGCAGAAGUACACACUCAUGGAGAAGUGGAUCACGGGUUUCUUCAAGAAGACAAAGUACUGAAGAUAGUAUUGAUUCUGAAGACGAAUGGUAUUGUUACGAACUGAGGAAAUUAGAAGAAAUGGAACAUCAGUCCCAGCUAGAAGCUGAAAGGCAACAAACGUUGGCUGAAGAACCUGAAAUCGAAGAAUUGUUAACUAACGAGCCAGAAGAAAGUUUAAAAGAGCGAAUGUCCUUUGUUCUGCGUGAAUUGAAGUUAAAAACGGCUUCAGUCAAGCAAACAUACGACGCAACUCCUGUAAAAGAAACAUGGAAAGAUGUGACAACCUUCCCAGCUACUGCAGAACCAGUCGACGAACCACCACCAGACGAAGAAGACGAUGAUAAAUCUUACGCUGAUUCGGGCUCAGGUGAAACUUCUGGUCCUGACAGUCCAGUACAGAGUGGGGACGAGUUUGAAGAAGACUUUGAGCCGCCGCCAGACGCGCGAUUGCAAGAUCGGGGACCUGCAAAGGAUGCCCAAAAACAAGAUGCUCCUGUUGGAAGCAAGUGGAAACUGCUGAAGGCGCUGAAGGAUCGCAAGGCUGAAGAGAAGACCUCCGAGACUCCAGCCGCCACGACGCCGUCGACCGAAAAAGACAAAGUCAGCGCCGGAAAUGGCUCCGGAGGGUUUAACGAACAAGGAGGCCGCGGAAAUGGCCAUCCUGGGGACAAUCCAUUCUACAGCAACAUUGACAGCAUGCCCGACAUCCGACCCAGGAGGAAGUCCAUACCGCUCGUCUCUGAACUUGUUCUCAAGACCAUGGCUGCUACGAAAAGGAACGCGGGGCUGACAUCCGCCGUGCACCGAGCUACUCUGAAUGACGAAGAACUGAAAAUGCACGUGUACAAGAAGACUUUGCAAGCCCUGAUCUACCCGAUCUCGUCGACAACUCCGCACAACUUCGUACUCUGGACGGCAACUUCUCCGACUUACUGCUACGAGUGCGAGGGUCUGCUCUGGGGCAUCGCCAGGCAGGGGGUCAGGUGUACGGAGUGCGGGGUCAAAUGUCACGAGAAGUGCAAAGACCUGCUGAACGCUGACUGCCUGCAGAGGGCGGCCGAGAAGUCCUCCAAGCACGGGGCCGAGGACAAGGCCAACUCCAUCAUCACCGCCAUGAAGGAACGCAUGAAGCAAAGAGAGAGAGAUAUGCCGGAGAUCUUCGAACUUAUCAGACAAGUCUUCAGCAUCGACAACGAGCAGCACGGGGCGCAUAUGAGCACGGUGAAGCAGUCGGUGCUGGACGGCACCUCGAAGUGGAGCGCCAAGAUCGCUAUCACAGUAAUCUGUGCCCAAGGCCUCAUCGCGAAGGAUAAGAGCGGCACCUCGGACCCGUACGUGACGGUGCAGGUCAGCAAGAUCAAGAAGCGGACGCGGACGAUGCCGCAAGAGUUGAACCCGGUGUGGAACGAGAAGUUUUACUUCGAGUGCCACAACUCUUCCGAUCGUAUAAAAGUGCGCGUGUGGGACGAGGACAAUGACCUCAAGUCCAAACUACGGCAGAAGCUCACGAGAGAAUCUGACGACUUCUUGGGACAGACCAUCAUUGAGGUCCGGACUCUCUCCGGCGAGAUGGACGUGUGGUACAACCUGGAGAAGCGCACGGACAAGUCGGCGGUGUCGGGCGCCAUCCGCCUGCACAUCAACGUGGAGAUCAAGGGCGAGGAGAAAGUGGCUCCCUACCAUGUGCAGUACACCUGUCUCCACGAGAACCUGUUCCACUAUCUGUGCGAAGAGAACGGAGGUGCCGUCACGUUGCCAGCCGCGCGAGGCGACGACGCUUGGAAGGUUUACUUCAACGAGAAUCCUGAAGAAAUAGUGGACGAGUUCGCCAUGAGAUACGGCAUCGAAGCUAUUUAUCAAGCUAUGACCCACUUCCACUGCCUCUCAACCAAGUACCUCUGUGCGGGCGUCCCGGCCGUCAUGUCGACGCUCCUGGCCAACAUCAACGCAUACUACGCGCACACGACCGCCUCCUCCGCCGUCUCGGCUUCGGACCGAUUCGCUGCGUCGAACUUUGGGAAAGAGAAGUUCGUGAAGUUGCUCGACCAGUUGCACAACUCGCUCCGGAUCGACCUCUCCAUGUACCGCAACAACUUCCCCGCCUCGUCCGCGGAGAAGCUCAUGGACCUCAAGAGUACUGUGGACCUGCUGACUAGCAUCACGUUCUUUAGGAUGAAGGUGCAAGAGUUGAGCAGCCCGCCGCGCGCCAGCACGGUGGUCAAAGACUGCGUGAAAGCCUGCCUUAGAUCUACAUAUCAGUUCCUUUUUGAAAAUUGUUACGAGCUUUAUAACCGGGAGUUCCAGGUGGACCCCAACGAGGCGAAGCGCGACCCCUCAGACCACGGCCCGCAGCUGGACUCGGUGGACUUCUGGCACAAGCUGAUCGCGCUCAUCGUCUCCGUGAUAGAAGAGGACAGGAACAGCUACGCGCCUGUUCUUAACCAGUUCCCGCAGGAGCUUAAUAUUGGACAGUUAUCGGCGGCGACGAUGUGGUCGCUGUUCGCGGUGGACAUGAAGUACGCGCUGGAGGAGCACGAGCAGCACCGCCUCUGCAAGUCCUCCGCCUACAUGAACUUGCACUUCAAAGUGAAAUGGCUCCACACGAACUACGUGAAAGACGUGCCCCCGUACUGCGGCGCGGUGCCGGAGUACCCCGCCUGGUUCGAGCCCUUCGUCAUGCAGUGGCUGAACGAGAACGAUGAUGUUUCAUUGGAGUAUUUGAAUGGAGCGUUUAAUAGAGAUAAGCGGGAUGGGUUCCAAAAGUCCAGUGAGCACGCUCUCUUCAGUAACUCCGUGGUGGACGUGUUUACGCAACUCACCCAGUGCUUCGACGUGGUCUCCAAGCUGGAGUGUCCGGACCCCGAGAUCUGGAAGCGGUACAUGAAGCGGUUUGCGAAGACCAUCGUGAAAGUGCUGGUGGCUUACGCUGAUAUCGUGAAGAAGGAGUUUCCGGAGCAUUUGAAGGAGGAGCGAGUGGCCUGUAUCCUGAUGAACAACAUCCAGCAACUGCGAGUCCAACUGGAGAAGAUGUUCGAAGCGAUGGGAGGCACGAAGCUGGAGCGAGACGCGGCUGAUAUCUUACACGAUCUGCAGCAAAGCCUCAACAGUACUCUGGAUGAACUGGCUUCUAUGUUUGCCAUCAGCUUGGAGACCAGGAUAACAGCGAGUGUGAAGGAGUUAGGCGAGCUGCUACAGAAGGUGGGCGGCGGCGGCGCGCCCGGGCAGCCGCAGCCGCCGGCGCAUCAUGAGGCUGAUGAGGUGCUGCGGCCGCUGAUGGAUAUCCUGGAUGGUUCACUGACAAUGUACGCAGAAUCCUGUGAGAAGACAGUCCUGAAACGACUGCUGAAGGAGCUGUGGAAGAUCGUCAUGAAGAUCCUGGAGAAGACCGUCGUGUUGCCACCGAUGACUGAUAAGACUAUGAUGUUGAAGAACUUGACCAACAACGCUAAGAAUCUGGCAGCGAACGCCAAGAUCGAAGACAUGACGUCACUGUUCAAGAACACGGUCGGCAAGCAGGACGUCAAGCACGCGCUGUCUGGAGUCAUGGACAUCUCGAAAGAGCACCUAUCAGCGGAAAAGAGUCUAACACCAAAACAAUGCGCGGUAUUAGACGCGGCACUGGACACCAUCAAGCUGUACUUCCACGCCGGCGGCAACGGACUCAAGAAGACGUUCCUAGAGAAGAGCCCCGAGCUGCAGUCGCUGAGAUACGCGCUCAGCUUGUACACGCAGACCACUGAUACGUUGAUUAGGACGUUUGUUACGAGUCAGCAGAAUCAAGACGCGGCAGUGGCCGAGGAGGGCAGCGUCGGCGAGGUGUCCCUGCAGGUGGACCUGUUCACUCAUCCUGGCACCGGGGAACACAAGAUCACUGUCAAAGUGGUAGCAGCGAACGACCUCAAGUGGGUGAUAGCCAGCGGCAUGUUCCGCCCGUUCAUCGAGGUGAACCUCAUCGGGCCGCACCUGGCGGAUAAGAAGAGGAAGUUCGCCACCAAGUCUAAAAGCAAUAACUGGAGCCCCAAGUUCAAUGAGACUUUCCAUUUCAUGGUGAGCGCGACGGAGCAGCUGGAGCUGUUCGAGCUGCACGUGUGCGUCCGCGACUACUGCUUUGCGCGCGAAGACCGCCUCGUUGGCGUGUCUGUCAUGCGCCUGUCUGAUAUCGCCGAACAGGGUUCGUGCGCGUGCUGGCUGCCGCUCGGCACUCGGGUCAAGAUGGACGAGACCGGCUGGACCAUCCUCAGAAUACUGUCUCAGCGACACAGCGACGAGGUCGCGAGAGAGUUCGUCAAACUCAAGUCAGAAAUGAGGUCCGAAGCCCCCGCCGUCGGCCAGGGACCCUCGUGAGAACAACACUAAACAUACACGUGUCUCUUUCAUCAGCUCCCGCUGAACCCAGUCUAGAGCGAGACGGAGGGUGUUGGAACCGUCUCGAGACUUGCACAAGCCACCCGCGCCGCCCGGUCAGUCGCAGGCGGGUGUUUGUUCGUUAUGUAAAUAAAAUUACUGUUAAGUUACGCGACUAGUAGAUAUUUUGCACAAAUUCGUAUAAAGUUUAGCAGAAAAGACUGACCGUAGGCGGGCGUGGUCGCUGCCGGAAGGCGCCCAGCGUAUGUUUCCUCGAUUGUACUUCUCGCUGCCUCUCGUUCCUUCCUUGAUCUUCUGUUUCAGUCCCACGCUGGGCGCCCACUCCUGGCCUAUCCGUACGUUCGUAAUUCACGAUUUAUGUAAUAAUAUUUAUAUGGACCAAACUCGUAUGAACGCAUUAUCCUUACCCCUAAUGUUAAAUGCGACGUAAUAAUUUAUCUUGUAAACUCAUCUAACGUUACUCGUGUACAGUUGUAUGAUAUGGCCUUAUGUAAAUUAUUUCAAACGAUUGUUGGAAGUCUUUGCUUUUGUCGAGCUCGUUUUUUGGUAGUAAAAUGUUGAGAAUUCUUUUUUUAUAUUUAAACGUAUAUCAUGGUAAAUGUUAAAUUUUGUCGUGUAUAGAAUGUGGUCGAAACUAUUAUGGUAUGAAUAUUACUGUAAAGCAUGAUUGUUAAUGGAAAUGAAUGUUUUAAUAAAAAGGAAUUAAUGUGAAUAGAUAAUUAUGGGUCUUGUAAAAUUUCAUUCUAAGUUUCACAGUGAAAUAUUCCAGUUGACAGAAUCUUAAUUAUAAUAUGCGGUCCAUAUACAUGAAUUGGUAUGUUCUAAUAACCUGUAAAUACCUACGAAUAAUAAAAUAAUAAAUCAUUACUAUGUAUAUCACAUCUUUAAUCUUACUUAAAUAUUAUAUGCGCUUUGGCCUGUUUCGUGUGUAACUUAAAAAAUCUCCUAUAACAUUAUGUAUAUUAUUAAAAAUUGUGAUAUUGUUAUAAAAUGAAUACAUACUUCACUGAUAUUUAUAUGUAAACCUUUUAAGGUGAUACAAUAAAUGCUAUAAGGGUGGCCGUCCACUGAGACACAGCGACGUAAGAUUGACCAAUCAAAUGAUCGGAGUUAUUUGAUUGGUCAAUUAUUUUAUAACUAUGCCUUUUUGGACUGUCAUCUUUACUUAAUCAAAUAUUAUCGAAAAAGUGUUGAAAUGUUGUUUUUUCUUGAGGCUCGGUUUAAUUCACAGACCACGCCUAUAACACCUCAUUUCUAAACUGAUAUUUUAUUGUUUUAACAUAGAAUAUAGUAUUUCGGACAUUUUCAUCUAGAGGCACAGCUAAAGUAACUGUAAUUUUGAUAAAGACUGCUUUUUGAAUUUAUACUAAACUUAAUAUUGUACUUAGUCCUUGACACAUUAUUUAAUUUACCUACCGAUGAUAUUCAGUGUUCACUUUGUCAAAACGACAGGCUGCUACACCCUUUUGUAAUUGUAAGUGGGACCUCUAGCAAGAAAACUUGGCAAUACUAUAUUCUAUUGGUUUCGUUGUGAAAUACGGGAUUUAGAAAUUAACUCAGUGCUCAAAAAUAAAUAAUUUAUUAAGGCUAUAUGACAAAAACAAUAACGAAAUGUUGAUUUAUCGGGUUUUAAAAUAUUUAUAAGUGAAUAAAUAACAAAAUCACAGUCCAAAUGCAACUACACAGUAUUUGGUAAGUGUCACACAAAGUAGCAUCGUAUGUGUUUUCAGUCCCACUAAGACUUCUAAAAUUUUCCCUUUUACUCAAAACAUAAUCAAUUUCAGUAUUCCUGCAUUGCUCACCACACAUCCAACACUGAUCCUAUAUCUUCUUACCUGUCUGCAUGUUAUAUAUCUUAUCUCGAAAACAAAAAUAUUUCUUAAAGACUUAAAUUAGAAUUUUCGGCUAUCUAACUCAAAAAAUGUUGUUAUUAUAGUUGUUAAUGAUAAAUACCUACCCUCAUAUUCGUAUACGGCGUUCAAAUAGUGAUAGUAUUAAAAUAAUAGCGUGUUCAUAGUUUGGGUGUUGUUGCUUGUUUUGUGGUGUUGAUAAUAUUUGUGUAGUAUCUACCUAUAAAUUAUUAAUACCUAACUUUUUUACUGGAGUUUUACUACUGUCGUUCUUCUAUAAAAUCGGAAUACCUACUGUUAAAGUGUCUUUAACAAUACUAGUAUUAGUCUGGUCUAGAUAUAGAUCGUGAAGGCCACCUCAUCAUGACGUGUAAACUAUCUUAUUAUUAUGUAAAAUGUUGAAACAGGAAAUGUAAACGGAAACUUGAAGUCUUAGUGGCUUUGAAAGUGUGUACAUGCAAGCACAUCACAGUACGAGUAACACUGGAAUCAAACUUUUCUAAAUAUUAGCUUUUAUCAUGGAUUACAUAUCUGUAGAUAGAGAAUGUGGUUUGUCUAGUCCAAAUCUCUAUAUAUAUUUACUCGUCUAAUUAUAAAUAAUUUUUUAUUCAUAAUUUGUAUUUCCGAGUCGACUGAUUCUGUGUAAUUAGCGUAAUAGAACUAUCAAUGUCAAAAUUGUUAUUUAAAUUGAAUAAUUGCAGUUCUAGUUUAAUCCUUACAGUGAAUAAUAAAAUUGAAUUUUACUUAAAACAAAAUUUGAUCAUCCGACGUCGUCGCUGACUGAAGCGAAGCGAGUAAAAAAGUUCGCUUCGCUUCGCUACGUCUCAGUGGACUGUUAACCUAAUACAUUAAAAUCACGAGUCGUGUCAUGCUUUCAGUACCACUUCAAAUUGUUGAUUCAACGGAUGGUUCUGUCUUCCUAAACACUUCAUCAUUUAUUAAAAAAAAACGUAUUCAUUAUCAAUUGUAAAUACGACGUUGAAAUCCAUUUUGGAUCGUUCCGAGACAGAGCAAUAUCAACCGUAACUGCAAGGUAAAUGAUAAAACUAAAACUAAAACUGAACAGCAGUAAUAUUUUUGUGUGACUUUGUGGAACUAAGUAUUGACUUUAGUACAUUUCUGGCCCUGGCUCAAUAGAGUGCAUAAUCGAUUGACAUGAGAGAUAAAGCCCCUUGGCAUUAUCUGCCGAAACAGUCAGCUUCUUUAGUGCUUAUGUGCUUAUACACUUUUUUACCUUGUCAAACUCACAAGGAACCAUCGAUCGCAAAUUUAGUUACUUAAAUGCAAAUCCAUCAUAAGUGGUCGUAUGUGAGUUAGAUUAUAAGAAAAGUGUAUAAGACUAUAAGAAAGCUUUUUAUGGGUACAGGAGGCCACUCUAUAUGACGAAAAACAAAGUCGGAGCGCCGUAGCGCGAGCCACGACUCCAUCUCGUUGUACUGUAUUAGAAAGAAAGAAAGAAAGAAACA